CGCCAUUUAAAUGCUACUGCAUUACUGAUUUUAAUUAAUCUGUGUACGAUAUUUAAAGUAUCGUUAUCUUGCAAGUGUUACUACAUUAAGAGUCGCCAAAAUUAAAUUGGAUAAUAAAAAGGCAGGAAAUUAUGUGAGAGCAAUUACUAAUUCUAGUCACAACGUAGACGAAACGAAACGAAGAACAGGCUCAGUAACAGUAACACCCUACACCACCCAACAUUGUGAAUUUAAUACGCACUUGCAGCACUACAAUAACAAAAUCAACAACGAUUUUGCAAGUACUUUUCAACCAAAUGCAAACAAAACCAAACACAAAAACUCAAAGUACAUGAACAACCCGAAAAUGCUACACAAUCAUAGCAUCUCGCCCACACUCAGCCCGACGGCGCCUGUUAUGGUUGCGCUAUCGACAUCACUGGUUGUACGUCCAACAAUGGCAGUGUUGCCGGCGCUCUGCCCACCCGACUGGAGUAGCAGCGGCUACACACUCGUCGACUGUAUUAAUGCCACGACCAUGGACAAUAGCCUAGGCGCAGGAGGCACAAGCGCGAGUUUCACUGGGCUGCCUGGACAGGACAGCGCUGUAGCAGCAGCGGCGGCGAUGGCGGCAGCUGGAGGUGGUAGCGAUGGGAAUUACACGCUGCCCCACGAUAAUUUGUUGGAUUUCGAAAUUGAUCCAUUGGAGCGUGUUGUGUCAACGAUUGUGCCCGUAUUUUUUGGAAUUAUUGGACUGGCUGGUCUGCUGGGGAAUGCGCUUGUCAUUUUGGUUGUUUUCGUCAAUCAACAAAUGCGCUCCACCACGAAUUUUCUUAUCAUUAAUCUCGCCAUUUCGGAUAUACUCUUCGUCAUCUUUUGUGUGCCCUUCACCGCUACCGAUUACGUGCUACCCGAAUGGCCUUUCGGUAAUGCGUGGUGUAAAUUUGUACAAUACAUGAUUGUGGUCACCUGUCAUGGCAGCGUCUACACGUUGGUCUUGAUGUCAUUGGAUCGGUUUUUGGCUGUCGUACAUCCAGUGACGAGUAUGUCAUUGCGUACGGAACGUAAUGCGACGCUUGCCAUCAUUUGUAUUUGGGUACUUAUCCUGACGACAGCUAUACCAGUAGCGUUAUCACACUCGGUGCAACUUUAUUACUUCAAAGGGCGCAACUACACAGCUUGUGUCUUCUCAUCACAUGAAGAAAUUUGGAAUCUCGUGGCAUUUCAGGUCUCCUUUUGUGCAUCAUCCUACGUAACGCCACUAACGCUGAUCUUCUUUCUGUAUAUGUGUAUGUUGGCCCGACUAUGGAAGAGUGCACCCGGCUGUAAGCCAUCAGCAGAAUCAAGAAAAGGCAAACGACGUGUUACACGGAUGGUUGUCGUGGUUGUGUGUGCGUUCGCAAUAUGUUGGCUACCAAUACAUGUUAUACUCGUUUUGAAGGCAUUGGAUAUGUAUGCAUCUACGCAUCUAACGGUUAUUAUUCAAAUCAUCUCGCACGUAUUGGCGUACACGAACUCCUGCAUUAAUCCAAUACUCUAUGCUUUCCUGUCGGACAAUUUUCGCAAAGCAUUCCGGAAGGUGGUUUGGUGUGGCACACCACCACCCAUAAUCAACAACCAACAGAUCACCAAGACGACGCGCACAACCAACUGCAAUGGUACCUCGAAUGUGGAAAUGUUAUAAGCCGGCAAAGAUGGCAUGACAAUGAGCAGAGGAGUGGAGGUGAAGCCAGCAUGCUUACUAAAACAACAACAACAGCAGCAGCAGCAGCAUCAGCAGCAGCAGCAGCAAUCUGCAGACAUAUCUAUUGUCAUGGCAAGCUACAGGUGGUGGUUAUUGUGGCAUUGGAACGUUAGAACGUGUGCUGCCACUGCUGCUACUGCAUCUUAGGCUGAUGGUGGUAAUGAUGGUAGUGUUGGAUUUCAGCUGCUGCAAUUUUAAUAUACUCGAGGUCGUUAUUAUUGUUACAAAUUGAUUCGUAGAAUUUGCGAUACACGUACAUACAACAACUAGCAAGCAAACAUAUCCUGCAGUGAUAGUUUCUAAUCGUCAACUAGACAACCAGAAUGCUACUAGUUAAAGGCAAACUAGUUCAACUUCCACAGCUAAAAUUAUGGCAAAUUUAUUUAAAUAAAAAAAUUAGAUUAUUUUUUUUUAUGGAAAUUGAUCUGACCCUUGACCAAGCCAAAAAUUAGGAAUAAUGGCUUUUGAUUAUUGUUUUCACCUGCUUGAAAGGAUAUUCACAAUCCAUAGAGAUUGGAUUGGAUGUAUUGGAUUUCCAGGCUUACAUUGUAGUUGGUUUUUAUGCCAGCUAUGAUUGUCAACAGCUCAUCAGCCAUGCCACCAUAUCUCAACCAUUAUUGAUACACUGUUUGGUGUUCUCUAUAGGCAGUGGGAAUAAGGGGUACAUAUUCCUUCAAAACUUAAGGCAAUCAUAAUGAUGCAGUCUAUGGGGAAUGUUUUUGGCUCGUGUUGGGUUAUCCAAGAUAGUGCAAUUUAACAAUGCUGGAAAAUAUGUAUUUUUUUAGCGUGAAUUCGGUUGAAGUCCCAGAUGAUUAAUGGUUCCUAAGAGAGUCGUCGCGUUAAUGCUGGUAUUGCUGCUAAACGUGGUUGGAAAUGUGGUAUAUCAGAUGCCAGGUGGGGUAAUCACUUAUUCGAAAUCAUUUUUAAACAUAAUGGCGAGGUCUUAUCUUUAUAAUAAAGCAGAAUUCUCGGUCAUAAAAUUAAGUUACGCUUUAUUUCUUCUUAAAACUAAAUGCAACCCGGUUUUUAUU